AUGGGAGGAGGCAAGAACGGUCAGGUGACCGUGGGUGGGCUGGAGAAUGACUCGGCCUUUUGUUUCAUGAACUCCGUGCUCCAGUCCAUGGCUUCUCUUGAUCGGCUGGACGAGUUUUUGGGAGGAACUCAGUACGAAGGCGUGGAACUCGAUACUACUACCCGCAAGCGGUAUGAAGAGAGUGAGAACGAGGAUGACAGCGACGAGGGCGCCGAGAACGGGCCUGAGGGUCCUGUUUCUGAGGCUGAGACGGAGAUUGACCAGGUCCCUGACCGGACCCAGCCUACUGUGCCUGAAGGAGCUUCUGCAGUCCCUGAAGCUGAAGACGAUCUGGUAGAGGUGAAUGCUGUGGCUGAGGAGGAGGAACAGGAGGAGGAGCUCAAACAACCCUCGGCUCUGGAGCUAUCUUCUUUGAUUCCCGGUUUCCCCGCCCAACCUGAGAAGGCUGAUCCCGAGGAAGUGACCGAGGUAACUGAAACGUCGACUACGGUUCAGAAUCCUAUCUGUCCGUCGUCGCUCGAGUCAUUCCACUCAUCCACCGGACUCGGAGCCUUUUCCUACGAGCUCAAACGAAUGUUUGCUCAGCUCAACACCCUCUCCAACAGAUCGCACACCUACUCGGGUCUGCCCAUCACACGAGCCAUGGGCAAGAGCGGCCAGCGAUGGGACGGAUAUGAACAGGAGGACGCUGGCGAGUUUUUCCAGCAGCUUAUCGACAGGCUGGAAAACGAGGUCAAGGCCAAGGCUGGAGGAGCAGACAAGGUUGAGGAGAAGACUAUCUCUGAAGACACUUCCGCGCUCGACAAAUGGAAGAAGAAAAUGCUCAUUCCGUUCGACGGAGUCCAAGCAACCACCAUCAAGUGUCUCACAUGUGGAGACCUCGGUGACGGCAUUCGAUACAACAUCAUGGGAGCUCUGGGUCUGUCUCUCCCCAACCAGACCUCUCGGUUCUCCCGAUCCACUCACACUCUCAAGGAAUGCAUUGACAUGUUUGCUGAGCGGGAGAUUAUUGAUGGUGUGAGCUGUGAACGAUGCUCGUUGCAGGAAUAUAAGAGACAGGUGGAGGACCAAAUCAGCAAGGUUGCAGACACAGCAUCACCUCUGGUGCAACUGUUUCAGACCAGACUCGAUAAGGUCGACACUGCUCUGUCACGUGACACCAUUAACGAGGAGGAGUACAACGAUAUCUUCAAAAAGAACACCGGCGGCUUUGCCAAGGUGUUUGUUCAAAAGUCCAAGCAGACUCUCAUUGGGGUAGCCCCUCAGAUUUUGUGUGUGACCAUCAACCGGUCGCAGUUUGACAUGAACACUGGUAUGAGUUUCAAGAACUCGGCUAAUGUGCGGUUCCCGUCUCUGCUGUGUCUGGACGAGUGGAUGGACGACAAGUCGCAGACCAAAAAGAUGUACCGGCUCAAGUCCGUCGUGUCGCACUACGGAUCACAUGACUACGGACACUACAUUGCGUAUAGACUGUCUCGAGACAAGUGGUGGCGUAUUUCUGACGAGACUGUUUACCAGACCGAGCUCUCAUACGUGCUGUCUGAUGGUUCCAUCUUCAUGCUUUUCUACGAACUGGCUGCCCCGGAAGAAGCCGAGGAGCUGUACACUCAGAUGAUUGAGGAGCAGAAGGAGCAGCAGAGUCAUGGAUCUGGAGCUGUAGAUAGCAGUGAGGAGGACGAGAGUGAUGAGGAGGACGAAAGUGAGGCCGACAAAGAGGAGGAGAGCGAAGACGAAGAUAUGGAGUAG